AUGGAGUCGGAUCAUCAACCCAAAUUGAAUCCAAUUCGAGCGUUCCAAGUUACACAUGGAAGUAACUUGGAGCAUGAAGAUGAUGACACAAACCUUACCAGUUUGUCAGAAUUUCAUGAUUACGAACCCAGCUUAGAAUUUGACGAUUCGGAACUAAUUCAAGCCACUGGCCUUGCGCCGCUACCUCCGGAAUUGCUAGAUUUAUCGGAGGAGUUUUUGCCGCGGUCUAGUAGUGAUGGAACGAUAGAAGAAAAUUUUGAAAGGGAACUCGCAACUGUGCCACAACCUUAUUCAGAGAUAACAUCCAAUUUAGAUUUUGACAUAUUCUCUGGAUUAAAUAGAAGUGGAUUGGUUGAAGUUGUCGGUGACGAUGAGAUCGGCCGAAGAAUUAUACUUGUGUCGGCCUGUCAUCUACCCCCUUCUAAGGAUGUUCACCCUGAUCUAUUGUUGAGGUACCUGAUGUUCACAUUGGAUAAAUAUGUCGAACAAGAUUAUAGCGUCAUAUACUUUCACUACGGUUUGACUAGUCGUAAUAAACCGCCGUUAUCCUGGCUGUGGAAAGCUUCUAAAGCGUUCGAUAGAAAAUACAAGAAGAAUCUAAAAGCUUUAUACUUAGUGCAUCCGACAAACAUAAUUCGUAUCGUAUGGCAAAUGUUAAGACCAGCGAUCAGUGUGAAGUUUGGUCGGAAAAUGAUGUACGUUAACUAUCUACACGAGCUGCAGCAAUAUAUAGAUUUGGAAAAAGUUCACAUUCCGGAGCAAGUCGUUGAGUACGAUAAACUCCUUUUAUCUAAGAACCCGAGAGCAGCUGAAGUAGCGCAACAAAUCAUGGAUCGCGAUAAAACAAAGCAACAACACGGGAAGCCGCCGCCCUCCGAUACACAGCCUCCGCCGCCCACGCAACAAUUUGGUGUAUCUCUGCAAUUUAUUAAAGAAAAUAACUCGGAAAUGAUAGAUUCAAUCCCACCUAUAGUACGGCAGUGCGUUGAAUUUUUAUCGCAACCAGAUGCAUUGGAAACUGAAGGAAUAUUCCGAAGAUCGGCGAACUCUGUUAGUGUGAAGGAAAUUCAGCGCGCGUGUAACAGAGGCGAAUCAAUAUCAUUCCGAAACGACCCGCAUAUUGCUGCUGUUCUUUUAAAGACGUUCCUGCGCGAUCUAGAAGAACCAUUGAUGACUUUUGAUCUUUAUGAAGAAAUAAGCAAAUUCCAAACAUGGUCGAUACCACAGCGGUCGAGGAAAGUAAAAAUUCUUGUAUUAGAAAAACUGCCGUUAGACAACUACAAACUAUUGAAGUUUAUCAUACAGUUUCUAUGGAAGGUGCAAGAUCGAAGCUGCCUCAACAAAAUGACCAGCAGCAAUUUAGCAGUUGUCUUCGGUCCGAACUUAUGUUGGCCCCCGCACGGACAAAUAUGUCUUCAAUCUAUUGCACCAGUAAACGCGUUUACGGAUUUUCUUCUCGAAAACCAAGAGUCAAUAUUCAUAAUUUAA